AUGAUAAGCAAAAAUUAAAUUGAUAACAUACCUUUACAAUCAAUUGAUCAGUGUGAUAGAAUUCUUACCUAGAGAUGCAGCUCAACUGAACCUCAUUUAAUUAGAGAAAGCCCAUCAGAUUUAUUAAUAGGAGUAAGUCCCGAUACUAAAAAUAACCCUUAAAGCUACUAUACACCUUAAACUGAAAAGAAAUAUCUCUCUACUAAUGAUAAAGAGAAUUUGGUUUAGCAAUCUCCUAACAAUGAAAUAAUAAUCACUCAUGGAUUUCAGACCUUAGCCUUUCCAAUACAAGACGGUACUAAUUUGUAUUAAUUAAGCAAAGGAUGCUAAAAUAAUUUUGUAGACUCUAAAAAUUAAUAGAAAUAUAACAAGUUUAUUUUAAUUAUUGAUUGCUUUACCUGUUUAGUAUCUCUAAUAAUUAUGUUUAUAAGCUAUGUAGAAUAUAGAAUAUAUUCUUCUCUUUAAUACUAAAACGAAGUUUUAACUAAAGGUCAAUUCUAACAUAAUUACACAACUAUUUAGCUAAGAUAUGCUAUUAUCAUUCUUUCUGCUAUAUUGACUUUAUUGAUAAUUGCAAAAUUUUGCUUGAUGAAAAAAAUUAAUGAUUAAGCUCUUAUAAUGAAUUAGACGAUAGAAAAUUAUACUAGAUAUGAGAAAAAGGCAACAUUCAUAUUAUUAUUUGAAAUAUUAUUUAACAUGAUGAUCCUUCCAAAUGGAUUUGAUGUCCUUAUUGAAGGUAGAUCUUUAGGAGGAACUUACACCUACAGCCUAGAUACUAUAUUUACAAUUAUAAAUAUUUUGAAAUCAUACCACGUCUUUAAUCUAGCUUUUCAAUACGCUUCAUCUUUUGAAUUUUUUAAUUUUCACAUUUCAUUUCUUUUCAAAGCAGCUUUCCAUAAAAGACCUUUCCUCUAUACUACUAUACUUUUUGUGUUUACAUGCUUAAUUUCUACAUUUUUAUUACAGAUAGUAGAGAUAACUUACAAAAAGGAUGGAUCAACAACUUAAUAUGAUUAUACAAAUUUAUAUAAUUCAUUUUGGGUUAUGAUAAAUACUCUUCUAACAGUUGGCUUUGGUGAUGGUUACCCUUAUACUCAUUUAGGAAGAGGAAUAGGCAUAUUUUUAGCUAUUUUAGGAUCAGCCUUUAUUGGUAUAUUAGUAGUUGUGUUUAAUAAAGUUAGCAUUCCAUCAGAAUCAGAAAGAUUAAUUUAACAAGAUAUUCAUAUUGAAAAAUUUAAAUCUGUAGCUGCUCUCUUUAUAAUUUGUUAUCACAAGUACUUAAAAAAAUAAUCAUUUGAAAAUUAUGUUUUGUUACAGCUAUCGAAAGAAAAAUACUAAAAAAUAAGAAACGAUCCUUUCCUUCAAUCCUAUUUUGAUAGCAUAAAAGCUAGAAGUACUUAGCAGAAUAUUCUAUUUAAAUAUUAGUAAGUUAAGGAUAUGAUUAAAGACCUUCAAAACUAACACUCAGGAGUUUCAUUGUAAAAAAAAUUUAAUAAAAUCAUCGAAAUUCAGUCAAUAAUCUUGAGCUAAUUUUAGUUAUAUAAACCUUGCUAAUAAAAUGAAAGUCUAAACGAGAUAAUUUCUUAUAAAUAAAAAAUUGACCAAUGA